AUGGCACUGGCCAAGGACAGAACAGUACCUCAUGACUCACACACGGGCUUAAUUCAAGCCUGUUCACAAUAUGGCAAUCUGUUUGGAGCUAAAGUUUCUGAUCUUUCUUCUUCGCAUUCUAGUCCAAGCAGCACAAACUCUAGUGGAUUUGUGUAUCAUCAGCCCACAAAUUAUCAACCUCAUGAGGAAGCUCAUUCUGUCAUAAAUUUCAAAGCCGGGUACGAUCAUUUCAUGCAUACUAGUGGAUCCGUGCUUAGCUUUGAGCAUAAUGAUGAACAAGUAAUUAGUCACCACAAUCAAGUUGAUGAUGACUACCCAAUUUGGGAAGAGAAUUCGAACCACAUCUACCCACUUCAAUUUAAUCCAAGUAGCACCACCAGUCCACGCCUGUCCGGAAAUUUCAACUGUCUCCAGACUGCCACCAGUUUUGGCUCUACCGCGGCCACUGAAACCAUUCAGGAGCUUGGAACACAAGAAGCAUUCCAUAAGCGUCCCCAUAUGGAAGAGAGCAUGCAAGCUUUGAAGAAGCAGUGCAUCAGUGCAACAAAGAAGCCCAAAUCCAAGUCAACUACUACUCCAUCCAAGGACCCUCAAAGUAUUGCAGCCAAGAAUCGACGGGAACGGAUUAGCGAGAGGCUGAAGAUACUGCAGGAACUUGUACCCAAUGGUACCAAGGUUGAUUUGGUUACCAUGUUAGAGAAAGCCAUCAGCUAUGUCAAGUUCCUUCAAUUGCAAGUGAAGGUGUUGGCAACAGAUGAAUUUUGGCCAGUGCAAGGUGGAAAAGCUCCUGAGCUGUCUCAGGUAAAGGAAGCUAUUGAUGCCAUUUUAUUAUCUCAAAGGGACAGAAACUCAGGUUCAAAGUGAUGCCCAGAGAAUCCAAGAAGAAGAUGGAGACAAAUAGUUAUAAAUAUUAUAUGUUUAAAAAAGAAAAGAAAUAUCUUUUGCAUUUUCAUGAAGUAGUUAAUGUAAUGAGAACUGAGACUGCAAACCUUGUCCCAGUUUCAAUCAAGUAUAGAAUCUAUCUUUUUUGUUUUUUUCUCUUUUAUUAAUGUUAGGAUUUGCAGGAAGGUUGCACCAUUAGAUUGUAUCUGAUUUAAUUUCUCAUGACUUUAUGAAUUAUC